GCACACCCAAAGACCCCGCCGCCUAACUCCACCCACCCCGUCCCGCUGUGCCCCUCCAAAAACUUCCUUGACUCAAUUCCAGUCCCGGUGUUUUGUUGUUUUUUUUUGUACAGUUUUCAACCCAAUUCCACAUAUACCCCCCCAUCCAUCACCAUGAAGCUGGACGAGCUCAAGCCUCUCGAGGCCCUCCUCACCGCGGACUUCCGCCAGAUCGAGCCCCGCCUGCAGGCUCUCGACAAGCACCUGAUCCUGCGCACCUACCUCGACGGCUACACCCUCGGCGACAUCGACACCAAGAUCUGGCUCGCCCUCCGUGGCAACCGCGCCGCCGUCUCCUUCAUCAAGCGCGGCUCGCUCGCCAACCUUGCCAGAUGGUUCAACUACAUUGAGGAGAACCACCCCGAGAUCCAGGCCGAGAUCAAGGCCAAGGAUGCUGCCGCCAAGGCCAAGGUCGCCGCCGCCUCCAAGGCCGGUGCCAGCUAUGCGCUCGCCCUCCAGAACGCCGACCAGGGCGUCGUCACCCGUUUCCUUCCCGAGCCCUCGGGCUACCUGCACAUCGGACACGCCAAGGCGGCCCUCCUCAGCGACUACUUUGCCCACCAGGCCUACAAGGGCCAGUUGCGCCUCCGUCUCGACGACACCAACCCUUCCAAGGAGAAGCAGGAGUACCAGGAUGCCAUCAUCGAGGAUCUCGCCCUCAUGGGCAUCAAGCCCGACACGGUCACCUACACGUCCGACUACUUCGACUACCUCUACGACAUGUGCGUGCGCAUGAUCAAGGAGGGCCACGCCUACGCCGAUGACACCGACCAGGACACCAUGCGCGACCAGCGCUGGAAGGGUAUUGCCUCUGCCCGCCGCGACCGCUCCGUCGAGGAGAACUUGCGCAUCUUCACCGAGGAGAUGAAGAACGGUACCGAGGAGGGUCUGAAGAACUGCAUUCGCGCCAAGCUGUCCGUCGACAACCCGAACAAGGCUCUCCGCGACCCCGUCAUCUACCGCUGCAACAUCGAGACCCCCCACCACCGUACCGGCACCAAGUGGAAGAUGUACCCCAUGUACGACUUCGCCUGCCCCGUCGUUGACAGCCACGAGGGCGUCACCCACGCUCUCCGCUCCACCGAGUACACCGACCGCAACCCCCAGUACCAGUGGUUCAUUGAUACCCUCAAGCUCCGCCAGGUCUACAUGUGGGAUUUCGCCCGCAUGAACUUCAUCCGCACCUUCCUCUCCAAGCGCAAGCUCGCCAAGCUCGUCGAUACCGGCAAGGUCUGGGGCUGGGACGACCCUCGCAUGCCCACCAUCCGUGGUGUGCGCAGGCGCGGUAUGACCAUCCCCGCUCUUCGCGACUUUAUCCUCAAGCAGGGCCCCUCCCGCAACGUCGUCACCAUGGAUUGGACCAACUUCUGGGCUAGCAACAAGAAGGAGAUCGACCCCAUUGCUCCCCGCCACACCGCCAUCACCAAGAAGGACGCCGUCAAGGUGGUCGUCAAGGGCGCCGAUGCCCCCGCCGAGCCCGUCAAGCAGGAGAAGCCCAAGCACCCCAAGAACAAGGAGGUCGGCACCAAGCAGGUCACUUUCGCCAACGAGCUCAUCAUGGACCAGGCCGAUGCCAAGUCGUUCAAGGACGGCGAGGAGAUUACCAUUAUGGGUUGGGGCAACGGCUUUGUCCGCAACAUUGACACCUCUGCCGAGGUCAUCCCCGCCUUUGAGAUCGAUCUCAACCUUGCCGGCGAUGUCAAGUCUACCGAGAAGAAGGUUACCUGGCUCGCGUCCAAGGGCCAGACGCUGGUCCCUGCCGAGCUCUGGGACUUUGACUACCUCAUCACCAAGGACGUUCUCCAGGAGGAGGACAACAUGGAGGACUUCCUCAACCCUGUCACCGAGACCAUGGAGGAGGCCUGGUGCGACGAGGCGGCGGCCUCCCUCAAGAAGGACGACAUCAUUCAGCUCGAGAGACGCGGUUACUACCGGGUUGACAAGGGUCUCAAUGACUGGAAGGAGGGCGAGGAGAAGAAGCUCGUGCUGUUUUGCAUUCCUACUGGCAAGACUGGUUCCAAGUAAGUGUGUUGCCACUGAAGCAUCAUGUAAGCGGGGAAAAGUUUGUUAAUAGAAGGAUUGUUGAUGAAUGAAUGUAAUGAAAACAUUUGAAUGGUCAUGUUGUACGACUCAAUUCGUUGUGACCUUUUGGGCCAGCUUGAUGAGCACCUGUUUUACAAAUGUCUUGAAAUGAGAGGGUUAGGGUUGAGUAUUUGCAAACCAAUCGGCUACACCCAAGUUGUCUCAACUCGGUGCAAUUGCUCACUUACCCGGCAUAAUUUACUUACUUACCCGGCACUUUCGCAAAACUGAAACUUGCGGGCGCCUUGACAACAGGGCAGCUCUACUCGAAGUUUGGACGAUACAAAACACAUUGUCAAAGAAGGAUUACAAAAUAACGCCGCAACUUGGCGGUCUCGUCGUGCACACACCAAACAUCAAACCGUGCCUCUUUUACGGGACGGGAGCUUCCGCGGCCUGCGCCCGUUUGCGACGUUGCACUUGCACUUGUGACUUGCGACUUGUGUCACCGCCCAUGAUGAUGCAGACGCCAGACCCGACAAAGCCACCAUCGACAAGACAGGUAAGUAGAUUCCAAAACUCAACCCAAUUUUCCGAUCCUGAAACCCCGUCGGGUCUUGUCAUCGAACAAUCUAGAAUCAAACCAAGAUUGCCGAUAGUCGAUCACAUCAAAUGGAUAAAUGGUGAUGUGAAGAAGCACUGGGCGGCGCAAGCGAAGCAAGCCAAGCGAACAUGUCAGAGACACGUAAAAAUGCUACGCAAAUGUAACGAAAUGCGACGGUUCGACAACCAGGCUUUGCAUAACGGGAUGGAAGACGAGAGAACCUCAAAUCAGC